AUGGGCGCGCUGGAGCCGGGCACCGGAGCCCCCCGCCCCGCCGCCCCCAUGCUCAGCGCCGCCGCCACCUUCGCCAAGGAGCCGCCGGGCCCCCGGGACACCUCCGCCUCGUACUACGGUGAUGGGGGGGCAGCGGAACCGGGAGCCCCCCCGCUCCCUUACGGCGCUCCCGGCGGCUUCGGCGGCAGGUUCCUGGGGCCGUGCCCGCCUUACCGGGCGCCGCCGCCUCCCGCCGCCCCGGUGGAGGGUUUCGCGGGCGCGGAGGGCGGUUUCGGCGGCGGGGGGGCCCCGCUGUGCCCCCCGCUCUGCGCCCUGCCCGGGUACCGCGCGGCAGGGAAGGUGCAGGUGAUGCUCAACAACUACCCGCUCUGGGCCAAGUUCCACAAGCACCAGACCGAGAUGAUCAUCACCAAGCAGGGCAGGCGCAUGUUCCCCUUCCUCAGCUUCAACCUGUCGGGGCUCAACCCCGUGGCCCACUACAGCGUGUGCGUGGACGUGGUGCUGGUGGACCAGCACCACUGGCGCUACCAGGGCGGCAAGUGGGUGCAGUGCGGGAAAGCCGAGGGCAACAUGCCAGGGAACCGCCUGUACCUGCACCCGGACUCUCCCAACACGGGCGCGCACUGGAUGCGGCAGGAGGUUUCCUUCGGGAAGCUCAAGCUCACCAACAACAAGGGCGCGUCCAACAACGUCGGGCAGAUGAUCGUGCUGCAGUCGCUGCACAAGUACCAGCCCCGGCUGCACGUGACGGAGGUGAAGGAAGGGGAGGGGGAGGACGGGUACCCCUCCCCACACACCCACACCUUCGCCUUCCCCGAGACGCAGUUCAUCGCCGUCACGGCCUACCAGAACGCUGAUAUCACCCAGCUGAAGAUCGACCACAACCCCUUCGCCAAAGGAUUCCGGGACAACUUUGACUCGAUGUACACGGCCUCGGAGAGCGACCGCCUCACCCCGUCCCCGCCGGAGGGGCCCGGCUGCCAGCAGCUCCUGCCAGCCCCCCGCUUCCAGCCCUUCCUGCCCGAGCAGUACCCGCUGCCCCGGCCGCUUCUUCGGGGGACCGGGGCUCCCCCUCUGCCCCUGCCCCCAAGGACCCCCCACUGGUACUUCCCCCAGCAGCCCCCGCCGCCGGCCGCUGAGUACGGCGGCUGCGGCGGGGGCUACGGGAGGGGCAAACUGGUGCCCUCACGGGUGAGACCCUUAGCCCUGCCGCCCACCCCGCACCCCCUGCCCUACUACCCCGAGGGGCCGGGGGGCUUGAGUGACAGGGGCUGGAGCCCCGGGCAGUACGGCCCCAAGGGCAGCGCCGGGGCUCUGGGCUGGUACCGGGAGCCCCGCGACGAGAAGGGCAAGGAGGUGGAGGGCUGGGCCCCCGAGCCCCCCGCCCCCGCCUCGGGGGACUCGUCGGACUCGGGGCUGUACGAGUGCAAACGGCGCAGGGUGUCCCCCUACCCCUCGAGCACCGAGAGCUCCCCCCCGCCCCGCAACGGAGACCUCUACGACAAGGACCCGCUCGCCGACGGGGGCUACUACGGCUUCUAUGGCAACUGA